CGCGAGAGACGAGCGAGAACACGGCGAGUGCCGCCGUUCCUUAGCAACCGGGCUGUUUACGUUGCCGAGGAAACGUGGUCGCAGGAGGCUGUGUGGGAAGCCUGGGGAGCAGGCUCAUACCCCGCCGGCUCACCGCCUAGGGAGCCAGCCUCCAUCGGUCCGUCGGGCUACAGUUUGAUUUUUUGUGGUCUUCUCUUUUUAACUCGUGCGUUUUAAAGGCUCUCAGAGCUUCUUGAGGAUUCCCAGUCAUGGAUAUAGUGCAGCCCAACGACCUGGAACAGUCCUUUUGCGUGGCCAGGAGGAGACAUGCGGAGCUGGGCAGGCAGAACCAGAUCUUCAACGCCAGGAACAGGAUCCUGGGGGGAGAUACAAAAACCUGGGAUAUUCAGGUGUGUGACCGGAAGAUAAAAGAAGCAACUGAGAAAGCCAGGCAUGAAACGUUUGCUGCUGAACUGAGGCACAAUGACAAAAUGAUGUGCAUAUUAGAGAACCGGGAAAGAAGGGGGCGGAGAAAUCUCUGCAAAGCUCUCCAUGACUUCCAGCAGAGCUUCCAGAAGCCGGAGACGCGGCGGGAAUUCGACCUUUCGGACCCCCUCGCCCGCAGGAGAGAGUUCCCCGCCCGGCAGGGAGACAACGACGCACGGAAUACAGUGUCGGGGAUGCAGAGGUUCAUGGGAGAGGAUUUAAACUUCCACGCGAGGCAGAGAUUCCAACAGGAACAAAACAGAGAAUGGUUCCUGCAGCAGCAGAGGGAGUGGAAGGAAGCCCGGGCCGACCAGAAACAUGCAGAGGACCUGUACACGGAGACCAGGCUGCAGUUUGACCAGACGGCCCAGGACUUGGAGCAUCGGGAACGCGCCACCAGGAGGGCGGUCUCCGCAGCUGUGAAGCAAUUCAACAAGACCCAGGCCUCGGAGUUGGCGGAGAGGAAAAGUCUAGAGAAAAAACAAGAACAAGAGGACGACCUGGCCCACAUCUCCAACCUGCUGCGCGGGGACCUGCUCUCCGAGGACCCGCAGCAGGCGGCCAGCUCCUUCGGGCCCCACCGCGUGGUCCCCGACCGCUGGAAGGGCAUGAGCCAGAGCCAGCUGGGGGACAUCCGCCUGGUGCAGUGGUGACGAGUCACCUCUCUCCAGAGGCUCCAGGAGGAACAGCGCCAGCGAGACUCGGACUGGGACCGGCAGAGGGUCGAGAAAGCCCGCGCCGAGGUGCUGUGCGAGCGGCAGCAGCGGCGGCAGCAGCGCGAGGGCGCCAGGCCUUUGCUGACGGCUUCUCCUCGUUUUAUGAUCAGGAGAAACUACAUGAAGGAAGUCUGUACCAACCAAGCCACGGACGACUUCUUCACGCAGUUCAACACCAGGAGUCGAUGAUGAGAAAGACACCCCCCUCUCCCCCCCAUCAUUCAUAUAUAAACGCCGUCACCUGGAAGAGUCACAUUUAUUCGAAAAAUACACUCGCCCUGCCAGAGGCUCGCUUGGUUGGAGGGUGGCCCCGUACC